UCUGACUCAACAGUGGUCUCUAUCUCCAGCGGUAACAACAAGCAAAGCAAAGGUUAUUACUGCUAGCACGGAAACUAGGACCCACCCACAUUCAGGCUGGUCUCUCCCUGCCUGGCUCUUCCUGGAUCUGACGCCCGCAUCUGCCAAGUUUUGAAGAUGAGCUACCCAGGAUACCCUCCUCAGUCUGGAGGAUACCCACAACAGGCGGGAGGCUACCCGCCUCAACCAGGGGCAUAUCCUCCCCAAGCAGGUGGCUAUCCACCAGCAGCAGGUGGCUACCCUCCUGCAGCAGGUGGCUACCCCCCUGCAGCAGGUGGCUAUCCACCUGCAGCAGGAGGCUUCCCCCCACAGGCAGGCGGAUACCCACCCCAGGCAGGUGGUUACCCACCAGCAGCAGGGGGUUAUCCACCCCAGGGGGGUGGUUACCCCGCUCCAGCUGGAGGCUUCCCUCCCCAAGCUGGUGGAUACCCUGCUCAGCCUGGAGCAGGAGGUUAUCCAUCCAUGCCUCCAGCAGGUGGAGGCUGGGGUGCAGCACCAGGUGGCUAUGGAGCGCCAGGAGGAGCUCCGCAGGGAUAUCCAGGAGGCCCUUCCCCAGGCCAACCCAUGCCAGGUUACCCAGGAGCACCUGCCACUAACCCUUCAAUGCCUGGAUAUGGAAGUGGGGGUCCCUCCAACCCUCAGGGCCCUGCCAUGCCUACAGGGUACAGGGGUUCUAUUAAAGACUUUCCAGGGGCUGAUCCACUGAAGGAUGUUGAAGUUCUUCGAAAGGCAAUGAAGGGUUUUGGCACCGAUGAAAAUGCCAUUAUUGAACUUCUGGGAAAUCGUUCAAAAAAGCAGAGGGUUCCAUUGAUAGCAGCUUAUAAAACUACUUACGGAAAGGAUUUAACCAAGGAUCUGAAGUCUGAGCUAACUGGAAACUUUGAAGAUCUGGUUCUUGCCAUGCUGAAGACUCCAGCCCAAUUUGAUGCAUCUGAACUCAGAGAGGCUAUAAAGGGUGCAGGAACUGAUGAGGCUUGUCUCAUUGAGAUUUUGUCAUCACGCUCCAAUUCAGAGAUUCAGGAAAUUGCCAGAAUCUACAAAGCUGAGUACGGGAAGAGCCUGGAGGAUUCUAUUAGCAGCGACACGUCUGGACACUUUCGCAGACUCCUGGUGUCUCUCUGUCAGGGAAAUCGUGAUGAAAGGCCAAAUGUUGACAUCUCUUUGGCCAAACAGGAUGCUCAGAAACUGUAUGCAGCAGGAGAAAAUAAGGUGGGAACUGAUGAGUCUCAGUUUAAUGCCAUCCUGUGUGCUCGCAGCAAGCCUCACCUUAGGGCAGUCUUUCAGGAGUACCAGCAUAUGUGCGGGAAGGACAUUGAGAAGAGCAUCUGCGGGGAAAUGUCUGGCAAUCUUGAGUCUGGCAUGGUGGCUGUGGUGAAGUGCAUCAAGAACACCCCCGGUUACUUUGCAGAGAGGCUCAAUAAGGCCAUGAAGGGAGCAGGGACAAAGGACAGAACCCUCAUCCGUGUCAUGGUGUCCCGCUCCGAGGUAGAUAUGUUGGACAUCAGGCAGGAGUAUCUGAAGACCUACGGAAAAUCACUGUACACUGAUAUCUCAGGUGAUACCUCUGGGGAUUACAAGAAGCUGCUGUUGAAGCUGUGUGGAGGUAGUGACUAAAAAGCACCAAGACCCCAAAGGAGCGUGUCUCAAAAGGACAUCAUAUACAUCCACACUGAAACAAUGUUAUAUGACCUUAUAUUCCAUUUGUUGCAUGCAUUUAGUGCCAUUUUUCUGAUUAUUACAUCAAAUCAACAUAUAUAUUUUUGAUUCUCUUAAAUUACAUAGUGUUUGCUACUGUAUUGCAUUUAUUCAUAUUUUAAAGGUGCAUUAAUAUUAUUCUUUUUACACAAAAGGUUGAGUGGUAGCCAACAAAAUGUGUGUGUGCCUGAAAUUAACUAAAUUACUGCAAUGACUAUAUUACACAAUAAUAGUUAAAGUGUACUUUAGUUUGUAGGAAACCUAUUUUGGGGUAACAGUAGAACUUCACAAAGUAAAAAGAAAGUAAGAUCUGAAAAAGAGCUAGUGUGCCAUGUGACUAAUUUUUGCAAUCCAUAUAGAAAGAAAUAUUUAGUACAGCGCUUUGUGAAUGUAUUGCCAAGCAUCGCAACUGUGUGUACCUACUUACAAAGGUGUAUGUUAUUAUUGUAUAUGCAUAUGAUCAUAUCUCAAUCAAUCAAUCAUUCUCUGAAUGUAAGAAAUAAUAUUUGCAUCUCUUCUGUAAUGGGUGUUUGUUUUAGUUAACUGAAAUUUAACUCUUGCUUCCAAGUCUAUGCAAAUUAGCUUAUUGCCAAUCAACAAUUAUUUACCUUUCACUCAGUGCUGAAACGCCAAAGCCUAAAGACAGAUCAUAUUGUGCCGUUCGAGUAAGCCUGUGGACCUACGCAAUUAUUUUCUUUUGUUUUGGCUAGCAAACAUUCGAUAAUCUUAGCUGUAUGGCUACAGGAAGUUAUCCAUAUUCUGUUUCUCAAUAUUUUGUUUAGUCUUUCAACAGUGUCCUUUGCUGAUUUGUAUGCUUUACUGCCAGCAGAGGGCUCUUAGUUCACACAAACUAUCUCACCUCUGUAGAAUUGAUCUGCCUGAACUAACUUUUGCUGAGUAUUUCCUGCACUAACUACUUUGCUUUGUAACAUAAUAAUUGUCAAAAUUCAGUGGAUGCCUUAAGAAAAAAAAGGAAAAACAACCACCUUUGAUUUCAAUAAAAAAAAUUUUUGGCACGUU